AUGGCCGUCCUCGCCGGGGUCACGGCACUAUCCUGGGCCCUACCCAUCUCGGAGUUCCUGGAAAACGGGGUCCUUCCCGUGGACGAGACCGAAGCUCGGCAAGUGCAGCGACGAGCGUCCGCCUACAACAUCAUCAACAACGAGCUCGUCAAGCGCAGCUCCACCAGCGUGUUCCAACGCUGCGUCGAGCAGGACAAGGGCAUUGAGAUCCUCCUCGACAUACACCAGGGCGACAAGCGCAGCCACCAGCCGGCCUCAGCACUCCGGACCAUCCCGAUUGCUUGGCCCUUCGCGGUCUGGGGACUCGACAUGGUGGGACCCUUCAAGACCGCUUGA